UGAAGAAAUAUUGGACUUUUUUCACUUCAUGUCUCCAAAACCCGAAGAAGAGGCCAUGAGGAGGGACGUAGUGAACAAAAUCGAGGGAGUUAUCAAGGAUUUGUGGCCUACAGCGCGGUGACAUUGACCUGGUAGUGUUUGGAAAGUGGGAGCAUCCCCCACUGCAGGAACUCGAACAAGCGCUGAAAAAGUGUAACGUUGCCGGCCCCUUUCCCGUCAAAGUUCUCGACAAAGCCUCGGUGCCAAUCAUCAAGCUUACUGACCAAGAAUCCAAGGUGAAAGUAGACAUCAGCUUUAAUGUGGAGACUGCAGUCAAAGCAGCACAGUUCAUCAAAAGUUACCUUAAGAAGUACUCCGUUCUUCCCCCGCUUAUCUUCGUUCUGAAGCAGUUUCUGCUGCAGAGAGAUCUAAAUGAAGUAUUCACUGGAGGCAUCAGCUCCUACAGUCUCAUAUUAAUGGCCAUCAGCUUCCUACAGUUACAUCCUCGCAUCGACACUCGGAGGACCAACAUUAACUUGGGCAUCCUGCUAAUCGAGUUCUUCGAACUCUAUGGGCACGACUUUAACUACAUGAAGACCGGCAUUCGGGUGAAGAAUGGAGGAGCUUACCUGUCCAAGGAAGAGAUGCUUAAAACCAUGGGGAAUGGAAACAGACCUUCCAUGCUUUGCAUAGAAGACCCAGUCCAACCAGGAAAUGACGUGUGUAGGAAUUCGUAUGGAGUUCUGCAGGUGAAGCAGGUCUUUGACUUUGCUUACAUGGCCCUGAGUCAUGGAGUUUCACCUCUGACGCGCGGCUACCCCAUCAAAGAAUAUGACAGUAUUUUAGGGCGAAUAAUCAAAAUCAGCCCAGAGGUGCUGGCCUACAGGGAAUGGACAAUUAAAAAGUGGGGGGGCAAGCACUACGGAAAACUGGACAACCAUGACUUAGAAGACUGUGAACAGGGCCUUGUCAGGCUCAUGCUGGCUGAGGAUCAAAGAGACACUUCCUCCCCUCUCAGUGCAGACUCCCUCUCACCUUCUCCAGUCUUUCUGCCCAGCCCUCAACACCCUUCUUCUUCAUCCUCUGCAUGCUCACCCUCCUCUUCCCCCUCUGGAAGUGACAUGGAGUCUGAUUCUCCACAAAGUAGCAUCACUGCUACUCAUCUCCAUCCAGUCAUUCUGGGUUCUGUCCAUUCCACCAUUCAGAUGUCUGCAGAGCAGAGGACCCCCCAUUCUGCAGAGUUUAUCCACAGCCCACAUCAGAUGUCUUUUCCAGAAUGUGUUGCCAUUCCCUCGUUUUCCGAUUGUCAGUUCUACCAUGAGAAUCCUCCCUCCAUUGGUGGUGUUCACCGACGCACAGCUCUGAUCUCCCAGCACAUGAACUCUACAAGUCCUUUUCUCAGCCCCCUUCACCAUCCUCAGGUAGGGGAGCAGCACAACUGCGCCUAUGCCACCAGAUCCAAUUCUCAAGGUUCAAACGAGCCACCGAAAUCCGGGUUGAAGCACAAUCAUCAAGUCAGCAGCCUCCAGGGCCAAAGUUUUCUUCAAAACAACUUCAGUCCGCAGCGCAAGUUUGCAUCCCAGAGUCAAAGUGUAGCUUCAGGCUUCAGAAGCCAGCACAACCGCAGCACCUGGCGGCGCAGAAAAAGGGACAGCCUUCCUGCUCUCAACCAGAGCGGAUGACAGGACUCGUCAUGUGGUCAGGCACAACCCAUUGAUUUCUUCUUCUUUGAAUAGCAUUUUAAUCGUGCAAAAAAAUGUACAAUCGGUUCAAGUUUUGCUUGCAGAGCUUUUGAAGGUCUUAAAUGGAGUUGGCAGCCUUUUCACCAGAGUCGUACUUGCACCAGCAGAGCCUUGUACACUGACGUGAACCUGGGCAUUCCUCACACACGCUGGUUGGUUGCAGACCUGUGAAGUAUCGAGAGUCCAUAAAACUUGAACAUCUCAAGUAUCGUGCCAUAUUACUGUAGUGGUUAAUCAAGCCUGGCAUGUCUUGAAGUUCCAAGUCGUACCGAGUCUUUAUUAAAAUUUAGGCUCCAUUUACUUUUUUUUUUAAAUGCAAUUCUCUAUUGGCUCCAAGCUCUGUCUACAAUUAAACUGUAGACCGAUGUGAAGCACUACCCCCCUUUUUAUCUAUGCAGCCCUAUGCUGACUGUUUUUGAUCUGACGGCACAGAAAACAUCUCUAGGGCCCUAACUGUGACAAGUGGUUGGAAUGUACCACGUGUGUGUGCAUGUUAACUUAUUUUAUUGUUUUGUGUGUAUGUGUAUUUUUGGUCCCACCUCCCCCUUUUUUCUGCAACUUUUUUACUUUUUCUGUUUUUUUUUUUUGCCCACUUUUUAAUUUUGUACUUCAAACAUUGCCACUUUAACACAUUUGUUGCCUUUUGGUUCGUGCAAUAAUAAUUUAUUGUAUUUACAUUUUAUUUUAAGUAUUUGGGCUCUGUCUGUAACUUUUACAUUUUCUUUAUACCACAUUAUUUUUUGUGCAAUUGAUGGAUUCAGUUAAUGUAUCCAAACAGACUGACAUUGGACCUCUGUCUUUAUGUCAACACUUUAGUCGAGCAUUAUUUAUGGUUUUAUUUUCUUCCUGUCGAGCACUUGAAUUGUAAUUUAAUUUUCAGAUGAAAACAAACAUUUCUACCCUUUUUUAUGCUAUGUUCAUUUUUUUCCCCCCAAACUCUGUAUCUAUUUGGUUUAGACUUUACUGUGCCGUAUUUCGUCUUGAGGAACCCUGUCAAGGAAAUGUACAUUUAGAUGUUUGUGACACAGCUUAUUACAGAAAUGGUGCUACCUCUUACCAGCAAGUGUUUCCUUUCUGCCUUAUGUUUUCUAUUAUGCUACAGGAACAUGCCUUCUAAUCUGAAAAGUGAUUUUUAUUUUUUUUCCUAGUAAUUGCAUAGGUACAUAGGUAGGGCUUUUUGACAUUUUUUUCAGUGACUGUUGCUUAAUCAGCAGAAAUUAUUUAUCAAGUCAUAGGUAUCAUGUAAUUUUUUUAUUUUUUUUUUUAUUUUUAUUUUUUUAAUUAACAUCUCUAAUUCUAAGGUGGUCAUUAAAGGUCCUGUUUUUUUCCUGAAUUGGUAUUUAUGACAAAACAAUUUACACAGUAUCUUAUAAAGAGGCUUGAGUUUGGCAGACCCAAAACAACUUAGGAAGUUGUGCUUUAGAAUCCUGUUUGAGUCGUGCUCCAAACUCUACAUACUGUUGACAUCAUACACACUUUUGCUCAUAUGUGUAAUUGAGCAACAUUGGAAUGUACAUGUCCUUUUUAAGCAAGCUUUUUUUUUCCAUUUUUUUUUUUUUAAUAAAAAUUUUAAAACCUUCA